CCUUGAGCCGACCAGACGUGAUAUAAUCAUAUGGUACUGAGACGCCUCGAAGCAAGAGCUGUUUGGAUCUUCAUUUAAAAAGGUAUGGCACUGUCUCUCGCAGCUCUCCAGUUCACCAUGGAGGCGUGGGUUCGGUUCCCUGCUGAGUUACAUAUAAUAUAAAGAGUCGGCAUACGACGGGCUCUUCUUAUACUGAACAGGCGUACCAGGCAGGCUCGCAGUCCAUCUGAAUUUCCCAAUACUAGGUUCAUCCCCAAGCAUAAAGUGGGAUUUCUGACCAACUUGGAACAAAGUUGGAAUACAGCAACCCUGCCCGACAGAAAUCUGUACAUCCUAAGGAAGAAAACGAAAUGAAUGACUCCAGAGGCAAUGACACUGAAGAAGGCUGCAUUUCAGUGAAAUGCAUUUUUUCUCUAGCUGAAAGGUCAGCAAUCAUUAGCGCCUUUUCUCUACUGUUCCUGGCAUCUCUUCUUGGCAACAUCCUGAUCUUGUUUCUUCUAAAGAGAGACAAUCAGCUACGUUCCAAGACAAGUGCAUCCCAUAUCAGCCUUGCAAUUGCAGAUCUUCUAUUGACGAUAUUCUGUCUUCCAUUCAUGCUGACAGAUUUGUACAUCGCAGAUGAAUGGAUUUUUGGGGCUGCCUUUUGCAAGAUUAUAACAUUUGUCCAGAUUUUGUCUUCCACAUCCUCCAUCCUCAAUCUCCUCAUUGUGACAUUUGAGUGCUUUGCUGCAGUGUGCUUUCCAUUUUACCUCAGACUUUUGAAACGAAAGCGAGUUAUCUUGAUCGUUUCCUGUGCUGUGGCGUGGACGAUAGCAGCUAUCGAGGGUAUCGCUUAUGUCCAGUAUAAAGAAUACGUUGUCUAUGAAGGCACUCCCUUCUGCAUGGAAAAUUGGCCUAGCACUGAAGUGAAGAAUACUUUCAUUUACACAAAUGUAAUUCUCCUUUCCAUCUUUCCUAUUUGUGUAAUUACGAUCCUUAACAUGUUUUCCAUCGCUAGGCUUUGUCAGGCCAAAAACUGGGAGCUCCAAUCUAACCGGAGAUCCGCCAAAACAUCCUACACUCGUAUUGCUACAAAAAAGAUCAUCAUAAUUUCGCUGAUUUUCAUCGUUUGCCGAACACCUCAUCAACUGUUUGGCCUACCAAUAAUCCAUGAUAUAAUAAUACUCAAUAGCAGCACGUCCAAAAUGUACCUAACGAUACAUGCAAUAAUCUAUGUAUUGUACUUCUUCAGCGCUUCCACGCAUCCCGUGGUCUUCAGUCUAAUGUCAUCUUAUUACAAGGAUGCACUUCGGAGACAAUGGGCUUUCAUCACGCGAAAAACUCAAAAGAGCAGCAUUAGGGGAGUUCCAAGCACUAAAAUAAACGAUACUUGUCUCUAGACAAAUUACGUGCUGAACUUAAACAUGAUGCUUAAUCUUGAUGUGAAUAAGCCUUUUCAUAGUUUAAGAAUCGAUUCCACUGCGCAUGCGAUUUUAUCCCGAAUUUCUCACC